AUGGAGUAUGUGGCCUACCUGGGUAUCAACCUGCAGCUGGAGCCAGAGCUGUCAUGGGUCGCACGAGAGAUGCUGGCAGCUCCUAUGCCGCCGCAGGCGGAGAUGAAGGUGAGCAAGGCGGGCAACCAGACGGACGUGGGUGGAGGUUUUGCUGUGGGGAGAAGUGCCCGAAAGGAGAUGCGAGAUGCGAGCCGCGACCAGUUCUGGGGAGAGUUUUAUGGUGGAAGAGAUGCUGAAUACGAGUCAGCGAGUCCUGACAAAAAGUCUGGCGAGCCAAUUUAA